AUGGCGGAAAGAGAUACUUCAAGUAGGAAUACUCGAGGUAGUCCUCAUGCUUAUGAUGGUCCUAGUUUCUCUUUGGGAUUUUCACAACAACAACUUCCAAUUGCAGGAGAAUUUGCUAAAAUUGCUGCUGAGAGAAGAAGCAAGAAGAUUCAUGACCCACCAAGGAUGCGUCAACUUCCUCCAACUGAAGUUCCAAAACGAAGCAAGCCAAAAGAUGAUGUACCAGUAAAAAAAGGUUCUAAAGUUGCUCAACAAAAUAAGAGAAAAGUAACCAAGCCUUCUUCAGACGUUAAGGGUAAAAAUGUUGUUAAAGAUGUAGAUCUGGAAGAGGAUGAACAGGAUCCUAAAUUCUAUGUUAGGAGUCAUCCUGAAGAGGCUCCAUCGAUGCAACGGUACACUAAUAUCGAGGUGUUCAAAGAUAUCAAGAGUAAGCUAACUGUUGCACAGUUAGAGAUCUUUUCCAAGACAAUAUUUGGGAAAUUCCUCGGAAUGCAGCACCUGGAGGUUCAAGCACAAAUUUUUAGGUGCUUCAUGGUAAGAGAGCUCAAGGAGAGCACUUCUGAUUGCUUUACAAUUGAUAUAAAUGGUACCGUAUUAAGAUUUACCAUGAGAGAAUUUGCCCUUAUGAGCGGGCUAAAUUGUGUAGCCGAUGAAGGUGAAUUUACAUACGAUGAGGAAAAAUCGAAUAGGAUUAUGGAUGAUUAUUUUGGUGGAACUAGGAGUAAAGUAAAAAGAUUGGAGUUCAUUGAUUACUUUAAGAAUAAGUGUUGGGGAGAUAAUGAUGAGGACGCUGUUAAGUUUGCAAUUUUGUUUUUUAUAAAUACAUACAUCUUUUGCGGUGAGUCUGGGAAAACGAAUAUACCAAGGGUUCAUUUUGAAGUGGUUGAGGAUGGAAGGUAUGUAGAUUAUCCAUGGGGCAAAGAAGCAUUUAACGAGUUGAUUAGAAGCAUCAGCAAGAAGUAUUCUGCCACAACACAGUAUUAUAGGAUCCAUGGGAUGCCACUGGCUAUGCAAGUUUGGCUUUAUGAGUGUUGUUCAAGAGUUCCAUCGUAUCUCGCUAUUAAAUCCGGAAAUUCCAUUCCAAGAAUGUUGAAUUGGAGGUCCAUCGACAGUCAGCCCAAAUAUAAUAUUUUGAUGGAAGGCAUUUUUAGAAACGGCAAACAGUCGUGUUCAAAAUUUUGUCCUCCACUGUUCUACUGUCGUAUUAUUGCUUUUCUGCUGUUUGUUUUUCCUGGUUUUUUUGUUCAAAAUAGCUAUACAUUUGCAAAUACAAUCCCCACUAGCAGUGAGUUGGAGAGCCUCCAAUUGCCCGAUGUUGUUGUCUGUCGAGAUACAGUAGACAAAAAUGUCUUAGUUGAUGCCAAUGAAGGUACCCAAGUCACAGAUAUGCCAGUGGAUGACUUUGAUGAUUUCAGUACUACUCCCCCCCACCUUUCUAAGGGCAAACAGCAACAACGGACGAAUCAGACAAAUUCUCCACCUUCAAAGAGACGCAGACAACUUCAUACAACAGCUUCCACAUCUAAGAAACAACAAAUCCACACCGAACCACAGACAACUGUGAAGAAGAAUCACAAGGAUCAAAAGGUCGUUGGUGAGUUCACAAGUGAGUUGUCCAAGCUUCGAACUUUCAUGGAUGACAACUUCAAGAAGCUAUUUGAAGCAAUCAAAGUGAACAAUUCUGCGGACAAGGCUGCCGAUAGUGAGGCGCCGGAGCAUCAAACUGAUGCUGGGCUACAGUUAACGCCUGAAGAAAACUUACGACAUGAUUCUACCAUUCAAACAUCUCCUCCGAAACAUGAUGAUGAGUCAAUUAAGGGUGUUGGACCAAAGUUACAUGAGGAAGUUCCGGAAAUUGUAGUAACUGCCGGAAAUUUAAGAGCAGAUACACGUAAAGCUUCAUCUGAAGAGAUUAAUCGGGCGGACGAAGGAUUUUUCAAUUCAACAGAGGGAAUGGUCGCAGAGAUGCUCAUUGAGUUGCCUCUAGAAACUCGUGUACCAGAAGCAGGUGCGGGAAUACAACCCAGGGACAUCACUGAUCAUUCAAUUUUAGAGACUCCACACAGGUUCGAUGAGAACAUUACUAAGUCACAAUGGUUGAUCCCUGACGAAAUGUUACCAAGCCAAAUAGGUUCGUCAGGAUUAUCUGUGUUUCAUCAAACUGGUCACAAAGGGUUUGUUAUGCCAGUAAUGUCUGCUGAUAAAGGAAUACAACAGCCAGUGAUUAAUGCGGAAAUUGUAAUUGCUCAACCAGAUGUUAUUCCAACUAGGAUAGUCAAACCUAGUAAAUACUUCAGUUCACCUUACAUGACCAAUUACGGCUCUGCAGAAGCUUCUGUUCAAGACCCCACACCUUCCAUAUUUGAAAAGAAGCAUCCAUUUGUUGAAGAUCCAAUUAAUGGCCCGCGAAAUACUUCGUUUAUUCAACAAUACCGUAAUUGGCUUGAACAGGAUCUACUUCUAAGGCAUGAUAAAAAAAAGGGUAAGGAAAGCCGUUACAAAAAGAAUAAGCAAGCUUUGGAUCCAGAUGACAUCAAUUUUGGCUUCAAUUUUGGUGUGUUACAUGUUGACGACAAAAACUGGUUCUAUCUCUUAUCGAUGAAUGGACAGUCUUGGAAUGAUGAGCAUAUUGAUGUCAUUUUUUACUACUUGCGGAAGAAAGGCAAGUACGACAAGGAUAACAGAUUCAAAUUCACAACUGUUGACUGUAUGUUCUUCUCCAAAAUUGAUGAAAUUCAUCGUGCAUAUGCUAAUGUGGAGGGGAACAGUAGUGUUGCCAGUUCGGAGAACGAAAUAUGCGAGUACAUUAACGGGCAUAGGAUGCUGGCUAAUGUGCCAUGGCAUACAGUUGAUUGUGUUCUCAUCCCUGUCAACAUCAAAGAGGAAAAUCACUGGAUCUUGAUUAUAGUGCCAUUCACUGACAGGGAUUGUGGUGUGUAUGUUGCCGCAUUUGCUGAAUACUUUUGUUCUGGACGAGGCGUUCCAUCUGAAAUUGAUGCAGAAACACUACGUAAUAGAUACGGGGCAUUACUAUGGGAAUACGGAUGGCAAAAGGCUGAUUUGAAUGCCUUCAGUGACAAUGAACUGCCGCCAAGACCAGUUAGGCCUGCCAUAGAUUACAACGCGGUCGACACAGUAGUUGUUAAUUAG